AAACAUACGAUAACAUAAAAAGAACCUAGGACAACCGUAAUCUUGUCUCUCAACCCGCUGGAAGUGAAAUCUCUUGGACGGAAACUUGGUGUGUAGGAAACCAUGUUCACAACCUUAGAGCCUCUCAGAGGGUACAGGAAGAGACGAGACCCUAUGAAUGACAUUAUAUUUGUUCAUAUUGUUUUUAGACAACAGGGCUUAGGUUAGUUCUUAACCAAUGUCUCCCACGUUGAAUCUUUUCCUAAAUAAAGAUAUUGUAGGCAUAGUAAAAUGUAAUUUGCACAUCAUUAGUCUCGAACUGUAUUCAACGAGACGUGACGUUUGUAUAAGAACAUUAACACAGUCAGUGUUGUACGUCAAAUCAAAGUCUUCUAACACGGAAAGACACAGUGGUUAAUUCAGUCUUCAAGUACAUAGCUGAAUAUUUUUAUCUUGUCUAACUAUCAUGAAAGCCAAGCGAGUUUUUCUGUGGUCUGCCCCAAGAUGUGUAUCAACUGCUUUUGAACGUUCCAUGAGAACGCUUCGUGACGUCCAGGUCUUUCAUGAAACGUUUGCGAUACCAUUUCACCAUGGCCCAGAAAGAGACAGCGAUCUUUUCACAGACAUUCCUCUUGAUCCAAGCGCCACAUACCAGUCAGUAGCCGACACCCUCAAACAAGAAUACCAAGGGAAACAACUGGUUUUUGCUAAAGAAAUGGCCUGUUGUCUAAAAAAACACUACGACAUUCUUCUUGAAGAUGGAAUGAGAGAAUUUCAACAGACGUUUCUCAUCCGAAAUCCUCACGACGUAGCUAGGUCCCUUAUUAACUGUGGCUAUUUUGUGGCGAAAGAGUUUGGUUUCAAAGAACUUUACGAACUUUAUCAAUUCGUAGUGGAUAACCUUCAGCCCUCUCCCGUCAUACUCGACGCUGGUGAGCUCCUGGAGUACCCGGAUGAGACGAUGCGUGCUUACUGCGGAGCUAUUGGGAUAAAAUACGAGGUUGGUAUGACAACGUGGCAGCCAGGUCCCGUGCCGGGRUGGGACCGAGAAGUUUGUGCUGGCUGGCAUGAUUCGGUAAUGAAUUCAAGUGGCUUCGUUAAGAGAAGUCGUAAGACUGAAGCUCAUAAAAAGGACGAUCUUCCUGAGGAAGCCAUCAGAGUCGUGGAGGAGUGUAUGCCAUGCUACGAAGCCAUGUAUGCCAAGAGAAUAGUACCAAAGACUAGCAACUAGUUUUCGUAUGUUCAUUGUGACGUCAAUCCUAUUUGAAAUCGAAAAAUGUUCUAUAAGAUAUUGAAAUGAAUUGUUUCAUGUAGAGUAUAAAUCAUCAGAAACAUUUCCCGCCCUAUUUUAGUGUUGUGUUGUUGUGUUGUGUUGUGUUGUG